CAUUUUAUUUUAAUUACAACGAGAAGGAAACAUAAUUGACAUCUUGUUGUUGUUAUACUUUAUUUAAUAUAUAUAUCGUUUAUCUAAAUCACUUGCAGGGACAAAAAUGAUUUUUUUAAGGUUACCUUUCGAGAAAAGAAUUUGCUGCAUGUCAGCUGAAAAUGAUGAAGUGAGUGUUGACGAGAUUAUUUAUUAUAUUUCUUCGGGUUGGGGUUUUAAUGAUUUUAAACUUUAUUACAAUGGAAAAGUUGUGGAAGAACAUGAUACUGUCCCUAACAACUCUACAUUGGAAGCUGUUUUUUCAUUACAAGGGGGCAAAGGAGGAUUUGGCUCCAUGCUGCGAGCUAUUGGUGCCCAGAUUGAGAAGACAACCAAUAGAGAAGCUUGUCGAGACUUGAGUGGCCGACGACUUAGAGAUAUUAAUGAAGAACAGAGAUUAAAGAAAUGGAUAGCUAAAGAGUCUGAACGAGAAGCUGAGAAAGCUCGGAGACGUCAAGCAAGAAUAGAACGCCUCAAAUCGAAACCAAAACAUAACUUUGUAGAUUUUGAAUAUGAAAAAGAGAUUUCACAAUUGCCUGAACGCGUUGAUGAGGCUUUGCAUGCAGGAAUGGAAAAAGCCAGCAAAAGACCCAAGACAAUAGAAGCGUGUUCUGCACCUCCAACUAAGAAGAAGAAACUCUGGUUAGAUGAGGAUCUUUCGGGCUCAAGUGAUUCCGACUCCCAAGAAGCAUCUAGUUCUUCUAUAAAUGCAACUUCUCAUACAGAUAAUGCCAACUCAUCAAGAUCUGAAGCAAGUGGAAGUGAAUCCUCUAAUGACAGCCUUUUGUCAGAACCAAAAUGUGAUGCUGUUAUUGAAAAAGAUGUACCAAUGGCAGUGUGUACAGAAGAGAAAGUGAAUGCUACUGAGGAAAAUCAAAUCUCUUCUAAUGUCGAUGCAAAAUCAGAUCAGACAAUACAAGAAAUAGAGGCCUCACAAGCAUCCUCUAGUUCAUCAUUGACAAAGCAGGAGAUAUCAAAUGCAGAAGCCAGCUGUAGUUCUACAAUAAAUGUUGAUGAAAAAGCAAUAGAUUCAACUGGGGAAGUAAAAAGUACUAUUGAUUCUCAACUGGCUGGAGAAACACAAAUAGAGGAUGUGGAUCUUAUGUCCUAUGAGAGUGCUUCUGAAUUGGAGCAAUUAGGGUUAGACAGAUUGAAAGUAGCACUGAUGACUCGAGGACUAAAGUGUGGAGGCACUAUUUUUGACAGAGCCCAGAGACUGUGGAAAGUCAGAGGACUACAGCCACACGAAUACCCACCUAAUUUACUAGCAAAAAAUAAGAAAUGAAUAAGUAUUACAGAAUUGUACUGUUUCCUGGUGUACAUACUAAAUAUUCUAUUUCUGAGGAUGUAAAAACACAUGUAACUUUUUAAAAUAAAA